CCAGGAAGAAGAAAUACGGCAUUUAAAAGAAGAGAACAAAAGAGACAUGCGGCAGUUGUUGGUGAGUAAAGAAGAAACUCUCCCUGAACACCAGGAAUGGAAUCUGAAUGUUGACCAGCAGAACAUCAAAGAAGAAGAGAAUCUGUGGAUAGGUCAGCAGGGAGAGAAACUUCAACAGCUGGAGGAGGCAGAUCUCACCACGUUUGGUUUCACUGCUGUCACUGUGAAGAUUGAAAAUGAUGAUGAUGAUUAUGAAAAACCAGAGACAUUACAACUUCAUCAAAGCCAAAGUGAUGAGAGCACAGAGCCUGUAGCCAACAGCUCAUCUGUAUACAGAACACGGAUAACAAAAAUGGAAGGAGAGGACAAUGGAGAACCACCACCAGCCAUAUUCUCAGGUCUAAACAGUGAUUUGCAACCAGGUACCAAUGGGAGGAGUUCAAACAGUUCUAAAACUGAGACUAGUGACAGUUAUGACUAUAAAGAGAUCAGAGAACUUCAGCCACGUUUUAACUGUCAAAAAAAUAGCAGUAUUGAUAGUUCAAGCAAUUGCAACAUGACUGACAAAAAAUGUAAUUGGUCUAAAUAUAGAAAAGCAUGUGGUAACAUGAACAACUCAGAGCAACACAAGGGGAGGCAAGCAAGCUUAAAAUCAUUUAACUGUCCUAAUGGGGGUAAAAGUAGGAAACAACAGGUCACUCUGAACACACACACGAGAAUUCAGAGAGAAAAGAAACCAUUUGGCUGUUCCGAGUGUGGCAAACUAUUUAAACAGAAAAGUGAUCUGAUGAAACACACGAUAAUUCAUACAGGACAAAAAACAUUUGGCUGUACUGCAUGUGACAAAAGAUUUGUGCUAAAGAGCAAUCUAACAAAACACAUGGUAAUUCACACAUUCACACAAAAUAUUUGGUCAAAAGAUCAGUCUGGAGACUCAUAUGAGAAUUCAUACAGGACAUAAACCGUUUGGCUGUUCUGAAUGUGACAAAAGAUUUGGACAAAAGAUCA